AUGUUUGCUCCUCAGAGCCCAUUCACAGCUGCACGCCCAGCAUCAGCAGCGUCAUACCAUCAUCACCCGCACCAUCAGCCAUACGAUACACCACUCUCGCCCAUGUCACACGAGCAUGGUGUUGCUACAAGCACUUCCUUCUCUUGGAAGCCCGAACUUGGCCUUCCACCCCCGCCCAGCGAGAUCGACAGCCUUGGCAACUCGCUCGAUCGUGCCCUUGUCUCGCACUCUCGACCGGCUUCGCGUGCACAUUCCGUCUCGCCGGCAGUUCGCAUCCCUUCUCGCUAUGAUCUCGAAUUUGGCGGUCUCGAGGAUCCAGUAGAGCACCGUGAUCGUGCACAGGAUCACAUGAACAUGGUUACCAAGCAUCCCAAGGUCAAGAUCGAUGUCGUGCUCUCUAGCAACCUCUUCGAAGCAGGCGGUGCCAUCAACGGAAAGGUCGAAUUGACGUGUACUACUAGUCAGAGGCUCCGCAUUGGUCAGAUCGCUCUCGAGCUCGAAGCUGUCGAGCAGUUGACAUCGCGCGAUCAUGCAGCUACCCAGCUCUUCCUCUACAACCGCACCAUGUUCCAAGGCGAUAAGCUGCCUCCUUCCAACGCCGUUUUACCAGCUGCUCCCAUCAAUGGAUACUGGACGGCCCGCAAAGGUCGCACAUCUUUCCCCUUCAGCUUCCGUUUGCCUUCCUCCGCUCCAUCUUGCGUCACGUUCGCCGGCAACGCUUCGCUUCGCUAUGGUCUCAAAGCGACAGUGCAGACGUGGUACAACGAAGAAAAAAUGAUCGUCACAGCUCGUCGAGAAGCCUUUGUCCUUGAAAAGUGGUCCGACCAGCUUCACCCUCGAUUCCGUGAACCGGUCCAAGCGGUUGGCGAUACUCGCCUCUUCAUGGGUGGCAACGGCGCUGUCUGGCUGGAAGCUGGUGUCACAGAGCAGCUCUUUUGGGGAGGUGGCCAGCUCCUCAUCCGCUGCGGCAUCAAGAACAACACAAAGCGACACCUCGGCGGCAUCAAGGUUGCGCUAGCUCGCCGUCUCAUCUUCCCGGUCGGAAGCGUAGAAGGCUUCCACGAUAGUCCCGACAAGCUUUCCCUCGAGCCACGCAUCACCGAGAUUGUACACGACCAAAUCUUCAAGGGUCGCGAAUACGAGUUCCACCCCGAUAAAGAGUCUGUCUGCACCGUCGCUGUCGACGUUCCCAGAGACCUGCGAACCAUUCGCAAAACGCGUCUGUUCGAAGUGCGAACGUUUGCUUUCGUCAGCCUUCUGCUUGGCUCCUUUGCUAAGGAUCUUACCGUCGAGAUCCCCAUCUACGUUGCACACACUGCGAGCGCACAACCCCCGGCUCAGUUGACUUUGGACAACCUUCACACGGGACCUCCGCUUCAUUCGCUUCCACAACGUCCCAACUCAUCCAUCGGCCAUUCCCAAGGUCGCGUGCAUGGGCACGCACAUCACCAGCAUCCACAACAACACCUUUACGAUCAUCAUGAUGGGCAUAAUGCACAUGGUCAUCCCCAAAUGGACGCUGGUAUGCUCGAAGUGGAGCGUCUGGCUGCUAAUAGAGGCUGGUCUCCCGCUCCCGUCAUGCCGGGUCCGACACACCUUGCCGGGCCGAUGAGACCUGCCAGUGCUGCGCCAGGUAUGAUUCAACUCCCUUUGCAGGCUCAGCCCUUCAUGCUGGGCCCCGAUGGCCACGUGCAGUGGGACCCGACGGCCAAUAGCUGGAAUGCUAGCAGACUCAUUCCGCCCACCGCUGCCGCAGGCCACUCCAUCCAGCGUUCCGUCAGUGCUGCCCCCGACAUGGUGCAGAAUGCAGUGUCAGCACAGUCCUUUGCACAGCACGUGGACCCAGUGAUGGCCUGGACGGCUUCACAGCGGGCCAUGUCGACUUCUCCAGGGCCUGCUGUUUUUGCACAGUACGACCAUCCUGCUUCCAUUGCUGCUUCUCCUCAGCAACCCUUCAUGCCUUUUCCUCCAACUGCAACUGCAAGCGAACUUCGAACCUCUCUGCCAGUUGCAGAGCCCUGUAGCGGAUCGUUUCCUUCGCAAGCAGCAUAUCAGACCACAUCGCACGAGACGCUUCCACACAUGCCAGAGCCACAAAGCAUCAUCGUCGCCAGUCCAAGCAUGCAACAGUACUCGGCCCCGCCACCGCAGCCGUCAAUGCCGAUGAUCUCUGGAGGCGGCGGAGCACCCCCAAUUGCCGGCCUUGCAACGAUCGAAGAAGACGGCGAGUCACAAGCUGGCACCGUCAAGACCAUGUCCAAGCUUCCAACCCUCGGAAAGACUGGUAUCACGGAUGCAAAGCGUACCAAAGGUAACAGCGUCUCGCGCAACAACAUUGAGCAAUUCGAGGCGAUGGCCGAGGCAGAGGAGGACGAAGAGGAGGUCAAGAGGCAGAUGAUUGCGAUGGGCAUGCAACCGGAUGAAGAUGCGUUUGGAUCUGGUGCCGGAAAAGCACCGGAAGACGCCAUUCCAACUCCGGCGCCAGACCCGAUGCAUGAUUCUUCGAUCAGUCGUCACAGGGAGACAUCACACGCUUCUUCUACAGGUACCUUCAGACUCAAGGCUAGCGAGAUCUUUGAGAGUGCCUCCGCUGAAGAUUCUACUCCGAGCCAGCCUGUUGCACGCACGCACGAGAUGAGCGCUUCGGUCGAGGCCUCGGCAGCCAUCCUAAAGCACCUGCAACACGAACACCCUUCUGCGGAGGUCAGACAGAUGAACGAGAGCCAAUUGACAGCAGCACGCUCCAUUACCUCGUUGAGGCGCUCGUCGUCAUCCCACGGAAUUGGCCUGCACGCGUUGGAGACAAAUCUCGUGCGGUCCACAACGCCCAAGAUCAGCAACACCCCGCCAGCUGCCGUGACAAUGGCCAACAUCGCACGAGCCGAGAGCUCUUCCAGCCCGCUUACAUCUGCACCUGCUGUGUUUGAUGACUCUACUCGCUCGCGCAAGAGCAGUGCAUUGCGUGCCGCAGCUUUGGCUCGAGAAGAAGCCGAGAGAAGGAGCGCCGAGGAGCAAGCACGAGCAGCGGAAGAGCGUCAGAGGCAGUUGCAGGCUGAGCAGGCGAGGCAGACGGCUGCGGCAGAGGAGGAGGCAGCGCGAAAAGAGGCUGCAAGGGCUCUUGCCGCCCAGCAGCAGGGAUUGGAGCAGGAGAGGAUCGCUGAACAGGUCAGGAAGCAGCGUGACUUGCGAGAGAGAGAAGAAGAACAGCGACUCGAGAGGAAGGAAGCUGAACGCAAGGAAGAGGCUGACCGCGUUCAGAGAGAGAGAGAGGAGGCUUUGCAGCAAAAGCGGCGGGAGGAGACUGAACGUCAAUCUCGUCAAGCUGCGGAAGCCGCAACUAUCCAAGCCCGAACUGAGUUGCAGAGGAUCAAAGAAACGCGGAGCACGGCCAGCGCUGCCAGCCGUCCGGUCGAAAGGAUCAAGGCAGCCAUUGGCGGCGCGCCGGGCUCUGUCGCUCCUUCGGUACCCUCCAAGACCACAGCACCUAUCUCGGCUACUCCCAGCAGGACAAGCGACCGUGACCGGAUCGCGCUGAGACAGCAAGCUGUUAAUCGUGUCGAUGGGUGGCUUUCCAAUGCCGGAAGCCCGAACGAUUCGCACAUGAACAUGCCAGGUACGCCGAGCGCAUCGGUGCUCUCUCUGAUGCAGAAAGAAGAAGCACCGGCGGCAUCUGGCAUACAUGGCGAUGUGGAUCGAUCCUCCUUCUCCCAUCGGUCGCCGUCCCAAGUGGUCAAUCCGUUGUACGAGGGCAAGGCUUCGCGUCCUAAGACAACGGAGAGCGUGCCGCGAGCUCACACUAUGUCUGAUCUCGCUUUGUCCCAAGUAUCGGCUGCCUCAGCCACAGCAGACGAAGAGCCGGUUCCUCAACUCUCGGCUGAGCUGCGAGCGCUCGUGGACGGGUCGGACAUUCGACCUCCCAGGAAAUUGGGAGGAGCGCUGAAGGAGCAUCCGAUCAGCCGUCGUCUCUCAGGCCUCGGAUCAACCGCUUCAGCAACCGCUGCUGUUGUGCCGAGCCCUUCCAGCGCGGUAGCGCCCUCGCAGGCCAAACGUGAACGCCAAACGUCGAUGCCAUCGUGGCCUCGUCCCGGUCUGCCCUCGUUCAGUGGGGCUGGUAGCAACGUGCAAACAGCGGUUUCUGCGGCCAAAGCUGUCCCUACUUGUACUACCGCUCCGGCUGCCAAUGCCAACACGGAACGACAUGUCUCUCGCGAAGUGGGAAUCCCCACGCGGGUUGAAAAGAUGCUUGCGGCUCCGACGUCCACCAAAGAAGAAGCUGGCGCUUACGACGCCCGCUCAGCUCGUGGCGGUCGAGGUGGACGUGUUGCGUCGGUCGCACAGCUGUGGUCAAAGAUUGCCGGCGACGAAGAAGAAGCUCACACUGACAAGCUGACCGCACGUUCAUCAGACGCGGCUCCUCGCAGCGUCUCGUCCUCCAACACAUCAACGGUCAAACCCACACCGCGGACAUCGGCUUUGGGUGGAGCACCGGCGCUCGACUUUAGCAAAAAAGCUAUGUCGUCCUCUGCGACGUUGGGGGGAGUUACAUCCAUCGCUGCUACGUUUGGCGGUGGUUCGGGUGGAGCAAAGCCCGAACUGAUGAAGAGCAACGCAGCAGUUGAAUUUCUCAACACGAGCACGCCAAAGGUUGUCUUUGCAAAGGCUGCGGAUGCUUCGAAACCGGAGAAGCGACCACUUCCGAAACCAGUGUUGCAGCCAGGUGCGUUGCCCGCACCCCAGCUCGUACGCCCGACUGCAAUGCGUGCACAACCAUCACCGAAAAAGGACCGGUCAUCGAAACGGCUCAGCACACAGCUCCUCUCAAACUUUCAGAAGUCUCCGAGAGAGGGCAUGAAGGAAGAGCAGGAGCACAAGGAGACGAUGAGAGAUAUGCUGAAUGGUGUUGCACUCGACACGACCAUCUUGGAUGCGCUCAACAGUGGCGACACCUGGAGAGGCGUCGAUGGUUCAGAGAUCAAGAUGAGCGGAAGAGGCACCACAAAGGCGAUUGGCGAGAACAAGUAUAAUAGCUUGAGGGCUGUCUGGGGUAGUUGA